UAUAACAUCAUCAUUGCAAUUUGCAAAUAAAGUGUUAAUUAGACUCUUUAUUAAAAAAAAUUAUAAAUGCAUUCAUUGGAUUUAGUAAUUAUGUGGAAAGUGGACUCUCCACUAUAGCCAUUUGCCCAGCUGUAUCCUACUCUGAAUUAAUUACUAAAAUUUCCAGAGUUUUUAUUUAUUUAUUUACUACAUAAAUUAUACCUGCAAUUUCUUCAAAAUCAACCCAUUCCCGGUCUCCUUGUUCAUCAUCACUUCUCUUCCGGCAUAUUCUUUGAAUCUUUUUCUCUGUUUUUUCUUUCUGUUACCAAUUUGUUUUCCAAUUUUCGUUCGGUUGUUUUUUUUUCUCGGACAAUUGUAUAAUUCGAUAGAACUAUAUGACAAUUGAGUUGUUGCCUGAACAAUGGAGCCGGCGGCAAGUGUAAUCGGAGGAAUUCAGGAUUGGAAUUUCAACCCAAUAUCGAAUUCAAUUUGCUUUAUCGUCUCUCGUGAUAUUUGUAAUUUCUAUGGCUGUCCGGAUCGAUUUGUAUCGGCCGUUGAUUCAUUCUCUGCUGCCUGCGAAGCGUUUUCCGACCUUCAUCCCGCUCUGUUUCUUUGACAAAUUCUCAUAGUUGAGCUAACCGAUUAGGAUUUUUUUUUCUUUUUUCUAAAUUUUUGUCAGGAAACAAAAUUGUGUUGUGUGUUAUUGUAGUUUUUUAUAUUCUAUUUUUUCUUAUUGGAGAUGAGUUCUAGGGCAGGGUGUUUUUAUACAGAUUCAAUGCCAAAAUUGAAGGGGGAACCCCCUUGUGAAAGUGAUCCCACUGUUGCAGAAGUGUCUCCCAAUAAACGAUACAUAAGGGUAAAUAUUCAUUUCAUUCUUUGUUGAAUUGGAAGUAAUUUCAGCUAUACUUGAGCUCUUAGCGUUUGUAUGUUUGACUUUGAAAUGUCUGUUUGGACAAAUCUGAUGAGAAUCCUAUCGUAAAUCGGUCUCUAAAAGAGCCUAAUUCGUGCUAUAAUUUAGUUUUUAUGAUGAUGAUGAUGUCAAAAUAUUGAUCUUUGUUGGAUUGAUGGAUGGAUGGUUCUGUCUUAGCAAAGUCAUGUACUAUGUGAUUCAGUGAACUAACUGACUGCUCGACUUCAGGUGGUCAAACUGGUUACUAUCUGGUUAUGAUGACAUUAAUGGUUAACCUCUGGUUUUGACUGUUGUACAGUUUGGAAACUUUAGGGUGGCAUGUUUUUCUUUCCUCUUUGUAAUUUUUUGGAGCUCCUUAGUUAUGUGUUAUUCUAUUACCUAUCGGAUUAUAAGAGAUGCCAUCUUCAUUUUUUUCCAUUGUUUCUCUUCUUCAGUUUAAUGAAAUCUUGGGGAGAGGAGCAUUCAAGAUAGUGUAUGGUUCCUCCUUCCUAGACCUAUCUGUGGCUUUUUUUCCAAAAUUAAAGUUGUAGUUCCUCUCACGCAUUGUUUUGGUUUUCUUUUUCGAUUUUCUUUCCCCUUAUUGCAGCUUCUAUUCCCUUUGAAUUUAUUUUUUUAUUUUUUCGUUUUCUUUAGUUACAAGGGGUUUGAUGAAGUUGAUGGCAUUGAAGUUGCUUGGAAUCAAGUUAGCAUGGAUGAUGCAUUACAAUGUCCACAAAACCUUCAAAGAUUGUAUUCUGAAGUUCAUCUAUUGAGGACUUUGAAACAUGACAAUGUCAUGAAGUUAUAUGAUUCUUGGGUGGAUGAUGAGAAUAAAACAAUAAACAUGAUCACCGAACUAUUUACCUCCGGGAGUUUGAGAAGGUUAGCAUUCCUUUUUUUCUUCUUUUCUAAGUUUCUCAUACACUAAUUUGUUUUAUUUUCGGGGUUUUUAACUUAUUGUCGGGUUGGAUGUUUUUGACUUAUUGUCAGGUGGGAUUUUUUCAUACACUACUCUAUUUGAUUUUCUCGUUUUUAACUUAUUGUUGGGUGGAAUUAGGUAUCGAAAAAAGCACAAAAAUGUAGACAUGAAGGCUAUAAAAAAUUGGGCAAGACAAAUCCUCCUCGGCUUAAACUAUCUACAUAGUCAAAAUCCACCAAUCAUACAUAGAGAUUUGAAGUGUGACAACAUCUUUGUGAAUGGAAAUCAUGGAGAAGUUAAAAUUGGAGAUUUAGGCCUAGCCACAGUGAUGCUUCAACCAACCGCCCGAAGUGUUAUAGGUACUCCAGAGUUCAUGGCUCCUGAGCUCUACGAUGAAGAGUACAAUGAACUUGUCGACAUAUAUUCUUUUGGCAUGUGUUUGCUGGAGCUAGUAACUUGUGAAUACCCGUAUAGUGAGUGCAAAAAUCAAGCUCAGAUCUACAAGAAAGUCACUUUAGGCAUAAAGCCAGCUGCACUUGGUAAAGUACAAGACAUCCAAGUGAAGGAGCUGAUAGAUAAGUGUUUGGCCUUGGCAUCCCAGAGGCCAAAUGCCGCAGAGCUUUUAAAAGAUUCUUUUCUCUCAUGUGAAACUCCAAAGGAUUGUCCCUCUGUCAACCAUAUGCAAUCAGCUAAUUCUACACCCAAGUUGAUGAACAACACCACAUAUGAUGGUGACUCUCGACCAAUGGAUGUAGAACCGACUCCUAAGGAUGGUUUGAGUGAUGCUAGUGAAGAAAGCAACUUUAGAACAUGUGUUUCACCCUUAGAAUUGCUUAAAUGUAAUGGGAGAAAUGAAUUUACUUUAAGAGGGGAAAAACGUGACGAUUGCUCAAUUUCACUGACACUGCGAAUUGCCGACUUUUAUGGACGAGUUAGGAAUAUUCACUUUCUGUUUUAUCUGUAUGCUGACACGGCAACGUCCAUAGCACGUGAAAUGGUUGAACAACUUGGUUUGCUAAGUGAAGAUGUGGUUAUCAUUGCUGAUUUGAUUGAUAGUCUUAUUUCGAGUAUUGUACCUAAGUGGGAACCCUCACUCGAAAGCUUGGACCAGGUAAACACUUUUGAGCAACUCUCUUCCAGCUGCACCAUGGAACACGAAUCUAAUAGCAUAACUAGGUGCGAACUUACUCAACAAGAUGUUUCAAAUGAAUUCAUUUCUGUUGAGAAAGUUGACUGUGAACAAGAAUUAUGUACACAUGAAGCAAGUUCUGUUUUAGGUGAUAGGGAAGAUAAAGAUUUCAGGGUGUUUGACUUUAGUGUUCUCCAAACCUGUAUGGAUCCAAAAAAGUAUGCCAUUGAUCUUUCUUAUGGUACCAUUAAAGAAUCUUUAACUAGCAAUUGCUCAAAGAAAUCUGGAUGUGAAUGUUUAAUGAAUUCAGUGUUGUCCUAUAUGGACAAUGGCCAUGGCGGCGAUGUAAUGAUGUCUUCUGCUAGUGGGAUAUGCUCUAGUUUUUCUUCUUCAGUAUGUUUGAAUGAAUUGGACAAAGAGAAAGAUGAAUGCACAGAAGAAGCAGAGUUGAAGCUCGAGCUCAAUGCAAUUGCGACACAAUAUGACCAGUGUUGCCAUGAACUCUUAAGGAUGAGAGAGGAAGCCCUGGAGAAUGCUAAAAAACGGUGGAGUGCAAGAAAGAGGAUGCAUGUUUGAGUGAGCUAUUGUUUCUUUUGUGAUUGUUAGUGUGUUUUUACCUAAUUUAAUUUUUUGUUGAGUGUUUGCUAUCCAAAUCAAUAUAUCUGGUAGCAAUCUUUUGUUGUAUAUAACUAAGAAUUAUUCUCUCAAUGUAAUUCAAAAUUGUUCCUUCUUUAUGAUAUAAUGUUUUAGUUUCUGUUGCACCAGCUAAUUGCAUUUCCAUGGUGGUUGGGAGUUGAGACAAUCCUCAUGAUGGCAGCCAAAACUCAGUGAUCUUAUUAUAGCCAUCCAUGGUGCUAAUUGAUUUAUUAAACGGCCAUCCACUUUUGUGUAAAAUUACAUCUCCAAAGCCAG